CGUCGUGCUGGAAGUGUUGUUUUGUUUACUACUGUCAUAUCAAUCGUGUUGAAUUAUAAGCCGGAAACCCCCUUUUAUUUGAGAAAUGGCGUGGUUUCGAAUUCUGCUCCUAUUUCUCCCAAUGUUGGCGAAGGGGAUAGGCUCUAAGGUUCCAACAACGAACGGCACAGAAGAAAUUGACAGGCGAUUGUUUGUGACUAAAAAUCUCCUCGACAAAGACAACACACCAGUAGCUUUCUACACAUCGGAUGGUACAUUGCUAUACAGCAAUGUCACCUCACCGAAUCUCCCUCUCGUACGAUCAUGGGUUGACUUGGGAGCACCCAUGGGCCUCAAGGUGGUUUCAAACCCGGUUGGUUUGCAUUCCAGCGAAAAUCAAAUCCAGCUUUUCGCCCAAGCUUCUGAUGGCCAAGUGUACACGAUGCAACAACUACCUGGAACAAAAGCGUUCAACUUCGGCAAUUGGACCCGCAUCUCAACAUCCAAACUGGCCUUCGAAGAGGGAGCGACAUUGAAUGGACUUGACUCGGUCAGUGUGGGGAUCUACAAGAACCAGAUUGUGGUAUUUGCUCGUACUAUCUCCCAUAAGUCUACCCUUUUCUGGUGUAAGGGAAUCAAAAAGAAAUUCUUGCGUUGGGAGAGAAUCGGUGAUGCCACGCCCUAUCUUUUUUCCGAUGCUACGCCCAUUUAUAAUCCUUUCAGUGGUUAUUUUGAAGCGUUUGCCGUCAUGAGUGAUGGUUUCGUUCAUCGAACAUGGCAAAGAAAUGAUGAGGUGUGGGCAGGCUGGAGAGUCAUGGGUGACUGGGCACCAAAACAAACAAAGACGAGUCGUCCUGUUGCCAUAGUGAUGUCUCAGAACUUCUUCAAUGGCUUUCUUCAAGUCUUCGCGCUUGGAGCAGACGGAGUGGUCAAACAGAUUUGGCAGACGACAUGUGACAAGGUGGACGAUCUUUGGGGCUGGUGUACCUGGGGCUUGUGGUAUGACCUCAGCAGUAAAAUGCCGCCUACAGAGGGCGCUAACGUCAUCGCGCCAGGCACGAAUACUCAUCAUGGUGGAGAGCUGUUUGCCGUAGACACAAGUGGAGUAUUGUGGUAUUCUUGGCAGUCUCAGCGUGGAGCUGGAUGGAUCGCAUGGGACAAGGUACCUAGAGCCAACCCUACUCAGCCUAUCGUCACUAAACCAUACGUCACCAGUGAGGACAAGUUGUGGUGGACUGUGUUUGGUUUAGGCAAGGAUGGACAUGUGGCUGUGAUAGAACAAUAUAGGUCACUGACUGUAGAACCUGGGAGGGUGGCAUCAGGAGCCAGUCUCACAGCAUCGUGGUCGGUCCCUCUUGAUGAAGCAACCAAUAUGGACUGGAUUGGUAUUUACCCAGCAGGCACCAACAAUGACCAAUAUGUGGAUUUUGUGUAUGUCCAAGGGGAACAGAAUCCAAAAAGCUCAGCUGUACAUGAAGGAAGUGUUAAGAUGGCAUCCCUGUUACCAAACGGCAGAUAUGAUGUACGCUACCUAGUCAACCGACAGUUUGUCAGUGUCCUCAACAAAAGUGUGGAAUACUACAAUGGCAGUCAUGAGGAGGCUUGGGUGCAGGUCUACCGGGGAAUAUUCCUCGGUCUGGGCUCUAAGAACACCAACUUCAAAGAGUGCGUGGAGGAUGGGAACAAGACCGUUGCCGCGUUCAGAAAGUCUUUCAAAGCUUUUGAGGAAGGACAGUUGUAUAAAGGACUCCAACUGUUCGGAACGGCCCUCAUUGAUGUCAAGGAUACCCUGAUUGCUUGCCUCAAAACCGACAUCGUAAAAGCCCUGGAGAAGUUUAUAAAGGAUCUGCUCUCCUGCACGGAAGGGAAUUGCGUGAAGUUUGUUAUCGACACCCUAGACGUUUUGCUCAUCCUUUUCAAUAAUAUUUAUGAAAUCUUUGGGGAUAUUCAUUCUGCCUCCAAUGCGUUCGGUUUGAUUGAAGGGUAUGAGCAAGGAGGUCUGUGUAUUGGAAGGGUCGUCAAAGCUUGUAUUAGUCUGCCUUAGAAAUGUCAGUCGAACAGAACUUUCAGUAACCACACUUAGAUUAUAUGGGAUUUGAGGCAAUAAUUAUUAGAGUAUGGAGAUUUGAGGUAGCAUGGUGAGGUAUAUAUAUAUAUUUGGUUUGCAGUAACAGCAUGUGUGUAUCUACUUGCUGGGUAGAUUAUGUUCUUUUGAGAACUUGUCUUACUUUUUAUUCUACAAUUGCAAAGUUGAUUUUUCGGAAUUCAGGAGACGUCUCUACUAUCGCAGAGUAGAUUUUCGGAAUUCGGGAGACUUCUCAGUUCUGAAGAGAACUGUCUUGCUUUUUAAUUACAACCUGCACGGAAGGUAGGAAAUUCGCCGGGACUUCGAGGGGACUUCUUGUUAGUAAAUUAACAACUGCGGGGUGAUUUCUUAAUUGGUCUCAAUGUUUGCUUGCUUGAGUCAUCGUAAGGACACUUAAAGUAGUUUAUUAAAACCUUAGUUGGUAACAAGCAAUGGAGAGCUGUUGAUAGUAUAAAACAUUGUAAGAAAUGGCUCCCUCUGAA